UAAAAUUUCAUUACUCUAAUUCCAGGAAGCUCUGUGCAUUGGAGACUAUGGAUAAAUAUGAUGUGAUUAAGGCAAUUGGGGAAGGUGCCUUCGGCAAAGCAUACCUGGCUAAAGGAAAAUCAGAUGACGAGCACUGUGUCAUAAAAGAGAUCGAUUUUGCGAAGAUGCCCACCCCGGAAAAAGAAGCUUCAAAGAAAGAAGUCAUUCUUCUGGCAAAGAUGAAACAUCCGAACAUUGUAACCUUCUUCAGUUCAUUCCAAGAGAACAACAGCUUGUUUAUUGUUAUGGAGUACUGUGAUGGAGGGGAUCUCAUGAAAAGGAUCCGGAGACAGCGGGGAGUGUUAUUUAGUGAAGAUCAGAUUCUGGGUUGGUUUGUACAGAUUUCUCUAGGACUGAAACAUCUCCAUGACAGGAAGAUCUUACACAGAGACAUAAAAACACAGAACAUUUUUCUUAGCAAGAAUGGAAUGGUUGCAAAGCUUGGAGACUUUGGCAUAGCAAGAGUCCUGAACAAUUCCAUGGAACUUGCUCAAACUUGUGUUGGAACGCCUUAUUAUCUGUCCCCAGAGAUCUGUCAGAACAAACCCUACAACAAUAAAACGGAUAUUUGGUCUCUUGGCUGUGUCUUAUAUGAGCUCUGCACACUCAAGCAUCCUUUUGAAGGAAAUAGCUUACACCAGCUGGUUCUGAAGAUUUGUCAAGCACAUUUUGCCCCAAUAUCUCCAAGGUUUUCCCGUGACCUGCAGUCUUUGAUAUCUCAGCUAUUUAAAGUGUCUCCCCGAGAUCGACCAUCUAUUAAUUCCAUUUUGAAAAGGCCCUUUUUAGAGAAUCUCAUUGCCAAAUACUUGGCUCCUGAGGUCAUACGGGAAGAAUUCAGUCAUGUGCUCAUUCACAGAGCAUACUCUUCAGCUUCACAACCUCCUGGGAAGGUGGUGCAGGAUUCUAAAGUACAGAAAGUGAGACUCCAAGGAAAGUGCCAACCGAGACCAAGGAUAUCAGUGCCGAUAAAAAGAAAGGACACAUUACCUAGAAAUGAAUGGAGACCACCAGCUGGAGUCCAGAAGCCUCCAUCUAUAAAAAUGGUAGAAAGGCCUCAACUUGCUGUAGUGUGUGGACAUUAUGAUUAUUACUAUGCUCAACUUGACUUGCUGAGGAAGAGGGCCCAUGAACCAAGUUAUCUCUAUGUUCCUAAAAAGGACACCAGAGCUGAGAACCGUAACCAGGAAGAAAGCCGCAGUCCAUCACCAGGCCAAGGGUCUGCUGAGUAUCUGCAGAGGAAAUUUGAAGCUCAACAAUAUAAGCUGAAAGUGGAAAAGCAAUUGGGUCUUCGUCCAUCUUCUGCUGAGCCAAAUCACAACCAGAGAGGAGAGCUAAGAAGGAAUGGAGAAGAGCCUAGGUUCCAGGAACUGCAGCUCAGGAGAAACAAAAUGAAAGAACAGGAAUAUUGGAAGCAGUUAGAGGAAAUCCGCCAGCAGUACCACAGUGACAUGAAGGAAAUUAGAAAGAAGAUGGGCAGAGAACGGGAGGAAGACUCAAAAAUAAAUCAUAAAACCUAUUUGGUGAAGAAAAAUAACUUGCACGUUCACCAAGAAGCACCUGAGGAACAAUCACCUGUGCAGGAUAUUGAAAGAAACUUGAGAUAUAUUAGUCUUCAGAAUAUAAAGGAAAGUAAAAUUCCAGAACAGAAAUAUAAAGCUAAGAGAGGGGUAAAGUUUGAAAUUAAUUUGGAUAAAUGUAUUCCUGAAGAAAACACCCUACAAGAGGAAGAGACAAUGGACAUACUAAAUAAAACUUUGACCUUUGAGGAUGGCAUGAAGUUUAAGGAAGAUAAAUUUAUGAAACAGCAUGAAGAUUAUACAGACAAAGCAUUUGAACAACUCUGUUGCCCAGAAGCAGAGCUGUUCACUCAGGAAGCUGCCUCUGCAGGAAACAGGAGACGUUGGGGUGCUGGGGCUCCGCAGACCCUGCUGCGAGUGAUGGCGGCGGCCGAUGUCACCCCCACCUGCUCCAGUGAGUCGGCAGAUGGCCAAGCUAUGGUGAUACAAGGUGUUCCGGGAAGUAGGAAGCAAUGGAGGCACGAAGCACCAGGGACCUUAAUGAAUGUCUUGGCAGGAGCACACCUGAUGAUUAGCUCAUCUUCUGCAAACAAAGGAGAAUGUGUGGGAACAUUAAAACAAUGGCUUUCUAAAGAAGAUGAAGAUAAGGUAGAAGUGGCCUCUGGCAUCGAACUAGAUGAAGAACAACUAGAACUAAGUUCUGAUGAUGAUGAUACAAAUUUUGAAGAAUCUGAAGAUGAGUUGAGAGAUUUAGUAGAAUCCCUAGAAAAACUUGCAAUUUCCAAAGAAGAAGAAAAAAAAGAAGCGGCUUCAGGUUCCUCUAAGGAUGCUAAAAAGUCAGGAGGAGAAGGGAUAAGCACUCAGAAAUUUCACAUUAAAUGAAUGGAGAGUAUUUCUACUCCAUUUAAUGCUCCAUUUAACCCCCAUCAAAAUGUAUGUUGUUGAUGAAGUCCGAGGAACGUCAACAACCAUUCAAAAUAUACAAGGGUGAUUUUUGUAUUUUUUUCUUAAAUAAUAAGUUAGUGUUUGUUAACUAUAGUAACUGUCACAAAUGUCAUCAUUGUUCACUUUAUUGCAAGAGUUUUCUCAGUAACCCUAAGGAUUUGUUCAUUUUUCUUUGACCUUAGAUAAUAGAACUAACGUUUAAGCCUAGAAAUGAACACUUUCACUUUAAAAUUUCUAUUAAGCAAUCUUUCAGAUAAUAUGUGUGUUAGGCUGAAUAAUGCCCCUUCCCCCAAGAUGUUCAUGUCUUGAUCCCUGGAAUAAGUGAAUGUGUUAUGUUACAUGGCAAAGGGGAAUUAAGGUUACAGAUGGAAUUAAAGUUGCUAAUCAAUUGAGCUUAAAAUAGGGAGAUAAUCCUGGAUUAUCUGGGUGGUCCCAGUGUAACCAGAGGGGCCUUAAAAGUGGAAGCAGGAGGCAGAAGAGCGAGUACCAGUGAGGUGGCAGCGUGAGAAGGACUCGGCCUGAUGUUGCUGACUCUGGAUGAAGGAAGGGGACCAUGAGCCAAGGAAUGUGGGUGGCCUCGAGAAGCUGGAAAAGACAAGGAAAUGGAUUCUUCCCAAGAUCCUCCAGAAAGGAACACAGUGCUGCUGACACCUUGAUUUUAGCCUAGUGAGAUCCAUUUUGAACCCCAGAAUUGCAAGAUAAUACGUUGUUUUAAGCCACUAAAUUUGUGGUCAUUUGUUUCAGCAGUUAUAGAAAACCAGCACAGUAUACAAAACUCUUUCAUUUAAAAUAAAUGAAUCUGCUAUUUUAUAAAACUGUGAUUUUGAAAUUUCUUAAGUUAUAUUGAAAACACUGUUUUGAAGCUGAUUUUGACACAGAGGGCAAUUGAGCAAGGAGAGGAACAAGACAUACCAUGUUAAUUAUGCACUAAAUAAUAAUUUAUUUUAUGUUUUAUCAAGUUGUUU